GGGGAGGGGGAUAAUACAAAUACAUUCUAGAUUUGAUGUAAUUAAAAUUAGAAUAGAAAAAAAAAUAUAUAUUUAUAUAUGACAACGAGGAUACUUCAGGACUCUAUCGAGGGGAAGAAUGGUCCAAAUAAAGGCGUAUGAAGUGUCCCCAAUAAUCACCACACAAGUCAGCGCCAACCUAAGCAACCGCCUAAGACCAACGCACAUGAGUUGCCAUUUUUUACACUUGCCAAGUAUUUAAACGCCUUCCCUUAAACCCUUCUCCAAAACAAACCAAAGACCCAUCAGUCAACAAAACUACAGAACUCAACGCCCUCCUUUUAUUUUCAACACCAAAAAUUAACAAACCUCCAACAUUCUUGUAAUCGAUCUAGCGCUGAUCCAAUAUUUGUAAGGUAAUUGAUCAUCAUCAUCAUCAUGUCGGUGACUCGCAGUUACGCCACCAGGCAGCUGGCCGCUGUAGGCACUCGGCUGUUCUCCUCCGCCACAGCUCGAGCGGUGGCCAACGAGCCGGCCGUCAUGAAGGGCCUUAUCAGGUCGCUUCCGACUGGUGCCACCGCAUGGACGAAGAACAGCAGCGCAGUUUAUUUGGUUCAGAGAGGCUACGGUAGCGCCGCCUCGAGGGGUGCUAGUACGGUGGCUGAAAACGGUGAGCAUCAUGAGAAGGUGAAUCAGGUCGAGAACGGUGCCUUUCCGGAAUCCGCCUAUGUAAGUAAUAAUGACGAGAAGGGGAUUGUAAGUUAUUGGGGCGUACCACCAAGCAGGCUUACCAAGGAAGAUGGAACCGAGUGGAAAUGGACCUGCUUUAGGCCUUGGGACACGUACAAAUCAAAUCUCUCCAUUGAUCUGAAGAAGCACCACGCCCCUACAACGUUAUUGGACAAAAUAGCUUUUUGGACUGUCAAAUCCCUCAGAUGGCCAACCGAUAUUUUCUUCCAGAGACGAUAUGGAUGCCGGGCCAUGAUGCUGGAGACCGUGGCGGCGGUGCCGGGCAUGGUGGGCGGAGCACUGCUGCACUGCAAGUCGCUGCGGAGAUUCGAGCACAGUGGUGGGUGGAUCAGAACGCUGCUUGAAGAGGCUGAGAACGAGCGGAUGCAUCUGAUGACAUUCAUGGAAGUAGCGAAGCCCAAGUGGUACGAGCGAGCCCUUGUCUUCACUGUCCAAGGAAUCUUCUUCAACGCCUACUUCUUGGGGUAUAUGAUUUCCCCAAAGUUCGCUCACCGAGUGGUUGGUUACCUUGAGGAGGAAGCAAUCCAUUCCUACACCGAGUUCCUCAAGGAACUUGACAAAGGCAAUAUUGAAAAUGUUCCUGCUCCGGCAAUCGCCAUCGACUACUGGCAGCUUCCGUCCAACGCCACCUUGCGAGAUGUCGUUCUCGUUGUCCGAGCUGAUGAGGCUCACCACCGUGAUGUUAAUCACUUUGCAUCGGACAUUCAUUAUCAAGGACGUGAGCUUAAGGAAGCUCCUGCUCCCCUGGGAUAUCACUGAGGUGCAUGCGUGAAAUCAAGGGUUAUAAUUUGAUGAGACUUCGAGGCUGGCAAUAUUUUGAAGAAUAUGGAAGAUUUCUUUCUAUAAUACAUUGUAAAUAGUAGCUAAUAAAGUUUACAUAUAAAUUUUCUUUAUUAUUUUCCUGAUAGAAUUAAUUAAUUUUUGGUAUAUUUUUGAUCGGUUUGUAUUUUGUAUUGAUGUGCUAAACAUGAAUUGUACUCAAGAAGUUGAGUUAAUGGCUGAUGCGUACGUAUUGAAUCGUUAA